AUGAAAGUCCCAGCCAUACUCCAAAGAGUCCUUUCGGCCUCGGUUACCGUGGACCAGGAGGUGGUCUCCAAAAUUGGCAAAGGCGUCCUUGUCCUCGCGGCCAUGGCGCCAGGAGACACGGAGAAAGAAGCAGAAGCUUUGGCUGCCAAGGUCUUGAAGCUUAAGCUCUGGGAUGAUGAAUCGGGCGGCCGCUGGAAAAACAAUGUGCAGGAUAUCGGCGGAGAAGUUCUCUGUGUCUCCCAGUUUACGCUCCUUGCCUCAACUAAAAAGGGAAAUAAGCCAGACUUCCAUGGUGCCAUGAAUGGAGAAGAAGCUAAAAGGCUAUAUGAUUACUUUUACAGCAGAGUGCAAGCCGGGUACUCGGCGGAUCGGGUUAAAAAUGGGGUGUUCCAGGCCAUGAUGCAAGUUGCUUUGGUCAACGAUGGACCGGUCACUCUGGAGAUGUCAGCACGGCCAACACCGGAAAGGAAGAAAGGGGACAAGGGUGAUAAGAAGACAAAGGAGCAGCGAGGGUCCAGCGAGGAAAGUUAA